CUCUCUCCCAACAUUUAGUUAUCCCACGCCCAUCGUACCUAGAGAACCCAAUAUAGUCAUAGGGGACCAUAAUGGGAGAAGCCUCGAAAGAUAUGAAUUUCGCCACAAUCCUGCUCUUUCUCGUAGCCAUCGCUACCUGCACAUCCCCAAGCUCUGCCCUCAGAGACCUCGCCUCUGGAACCAGCACCGAGUUCAUCAGAACAUCAUGCAACAAAACGACCUACCCUCUUCUCUGCUUCCGCUCCCUCUCGAGCUUUGCCGCCGCCAUCCAGACAAGUCCUAAGCUCCUGGCCUCCACCGCCCUGGACGUGACCCUGGAGAAUGCGUGCUCGGCGUCGGCCAUGAUGGCGAACCUGUCCAGAAGCCAAGGCUUGAAGCCUAGAGAGGCAGCGGCCAUGCAGGACUGCGUGGAGUUGCUGAGCGACACAGUCGACGAGCUCAGGAGGUCCAUCGCUGAGAUGAAGGAUCCGAAAGGACACGACUUCGAGAUGAUGAUCAGUGACGUGCAAACUUGGGUGAGCGCCGCCUUGACGAACGAGGACACUUGCUCCGACGGGUUUGCAGGGAAGGAGAUGAACGGGAAAGUGAAGACCGCCGUGAGAGCUCGGAUCGUGACUCUUUCCCACCUCACUAGUAAUGCUCUGGCCUUGAUCAAUGCAUACGCCUCUCUUCAUGGAUAGCUACGUUGAAUUGUAUAUUGUAUUGCUCCUACUAUUGAUGUGUGGCUAAAGAAUUCAUUUUGUAUCUGUCGUACUGUGGCACUAUGUAGAUAGCCGAUACGAGGGUGAUUAGAUUGAGAUGCUUCUUAAGUAGAAGUACUGAACUUAAAGUUCUUUUUAAGCUUCUUCAUUGUUACAUGAAAUUUGUUUCCUCCACGUAAGCUAUCAUGCUUAAGUGGCACAAUGAAAUUUCUUUCUCCUUCUAUCUA